AUGCUCGCAAAGCAAGCGUGGAAGCUCGUUCAGGAACCACGGAGCCUCUGUGCUAGGGUCCUAAAAGCGAAGUAUUACCCACUUUCGGAUUUCUAUCACUCUACUAGAAGACGAGGGUCGAGCUAUCUAUGGCAAAGCAUUAUGUCGGGGAAAAGAGUCUUGGAUUCAGGCACUGCGUGGAGAGUUGGAAACGGGGAAACUAUCGAUGCCAUCAAGGAUAAAUGGAUUACUUCAGCAAGCUUCAUGAAACCAGUGGGCUACUCAAAUAUACCUACAGACUGUCGAGUUUGCUAUUUUUUGAAUGAUGGUGGAGGAUGGGACGAAAGGAAACUGGCAGCUUGCUUCUCCCCGGAGGAUGUUGUAAACGUCUUGAAAUUACCAAUAAGCAGGAACCUACCUCCAGAUAAGCUUUUUUGGACUCCGGAGAAACGAGGCUUAUACACCGUAAAAUCUGGUUAUUACCAGGCAUGUAAGCUUCUCAAUAUGGGUUCGGCUUCUUCUUCAUCAGGUACUGUGAGCAAUGGAUUAUGGCCAAAAAUCUGGCGUAGGUCGUUUCAACCUAAGCAUCGACAUUUCCUGUGGCGUAUUCUUCAUGAAGCGCUACCAUGCAACGUGAAGCUGUCCAUUAGGGUUCCUGAGGUCUCCAAGACGUGUCCAAGAUGUGGUGUUGAAGAUGAGACUCAACUUCAUGCGCUGAAGGAGUGUGAAGCUGUUCGAGGGCUCUGGCUCUUAUCUCCGCUGUCAUUACGUGGGGACUUGAUUAUGUGUCGGAACAUGGAGGAGUGGUUGGUUCAAAGCUUCAAUUUGUUUAAGGAAGAUAAGCUUCAGUUGUUCGUUCUCAGUCUGUGGACUAUUUGGUGUGAUAGAAAUAAUUUGGUAUUUGGAAAUAGACGACAGCCACCGGAUGAAAUGUUCAGAUAUGUGAUCCCUUCAAACUGUGAUAGUUCAGCUUCUGAUAGAGUUUCCAAAGCCCUAACACCUGCUGCCAACCAUCAAUGGAUUCCUCCGGAUGCACGAUCAGUGAAACUGAACUCUGAUGCUGCGAUAUCCUUGGCAAAGAACUGCUCUGUUAUAAGUGCAGUGUGUAGGAAUUCUCAUGGUACUGUUUUGCGUUGGGGAGUUAAAUUUCUGCAUGGGAUUACGGAUGCAGAAAGUGCAGAAUCUCAGGCUGUGCUUUUUGGACUCCAUAUAGCUUCAGAUAUCUAUGGUGAGAGAUUGAUUUGUGAGUCGGAUGCAGCGAACGUUAUCAACAGGCUGCUUCAUCCAUCUCAUGCUAUCGAUCCCAUUCAACUCGUUAUUGACGAUUGUAUAAGCUUAGCUGCUGCUCGGAAUGUUAGCUUCAUACAUGUUAGAAGACAAUGCAACCAAUUUGCUCAUGCCUUAGCCAAAUGGGGUAUUUUUUCAGAAAAGAUUGUAUCUCUGACGGUGAAAUUCCUUUUCCGGUCAAUGAACUUGUUAAUUGUUCUCUUUGAUUAA